AUGUAUCUAGCCUCCGGCUCCGGCAUCCCCGAAAUAAAAACCAUCCUCUCGGGCUUCUCCAUCCCCUCCUUCCUCUCCCUCCCCGUGCUGAUCGUAAAAUCCCUCGGCGCUAUCUUCGCCGUAUCCUCGUCCCUCUGUCUGGGAAAAGAAGGCCCCUUUGUCCACAUCUCCACCUGCAUCGGCCACCUAACCGGGCGCCUCAUACCCAAAUACGCAUCCAAUGGCCGCAAGAUGCGAGAGCUGCUCAGCGCGGCAUGCUCAGCGGGACUGUCAGUAGCGUUCGGUGCGCCGAUCGGAGGCGUGCUGUUCAGCUACGAGGAGAUUACGCUGGAUGCCGGUGCUUUCUUUGGGAGGCUGGUUGGUCAGGCUAUUGGCUCGAUCAGUCCGGGUAUCUUCGCCAUGGUGGGUGCUGCUGCGUUUCUGGCGGGUGUAUCUCGGAUGACUAUAUCCCUUGCUGUCAUCAUGUUCGAACUCACAGGCCAACUCUCUUACACCGUUCCCUCUAUGCUCGCCAUCCUAACCGCGAAAUGGGUCGCCGACGCAAUCUCGUCAGAAGGCGUCUACGACCUCGCUCAAUCCCUACUCUCUCACCCUUUCCUCGACCCAGACACCGCUCUCUCCAUCGUCCGCCGCCACAAAGCCUGCGUCGAGGUCCUCAUCCCCCCUCAGCGCACCAUGGCUGACAUUACCGUUCAUGUACCUACAAGCAAUAAAGUAGCUCUGACUCUGCUGAAGGAGAAGCUCGAUGCGUUGAGAGAACGGGGUCUCAUGGACGCGGGUCUUGUUCUAGUACAGAAGAAUGGUGGCGGCGUUGAAGUGUUGCAAGGGUACAUUUCGCAGUCGGAGCUUGAAUUUGGAUUGACGAAACUCGUUCCUGGUGUGCUUGUGUCGGCGCAGGAAGAGGAUGUCCAGGUCAGGUUGUUAGGCCAGGAGAUUGAUGAGCCAGCGAGUCCCAUGAGCUUGGAGAUGGAUUUGACGCCAUUUGUGGAUCGGACACCAUUGAGCAUCUGUGCGAAAGCACCUCUGGAAUAUGCUGUCGAGAUGUUCUCCAAGCUGGGGUUGAGAUACCUUAUGGUGACCAAAGAGGGCACAGGACAACUGGUGGGUGUGAUUAUCAAGAAGAGGCUCGUAGGUUACCUAGAACACCUGCGAGAACAUGGCGAAGGAGAUUAA